CAUGCCAUUUCAUACGUCCUCUUGCCUAGCGCCCUCGCUUGAUUUUAUUAUGUAUUCCUCUAGAGCCCCCAGCCAAGCCAACAUUCCUUAGGACCCCCCACUUGUCCACUAGUUCUGAUUACCUCAUUCCCACCAUAGAGCCUGGACAGUGAACAGCUCUGUGGACCGCUCAGCUAUUGUUUCCAUAAUUGACUCAAGAUCAGAGUUUUAUGUAUUCCUCCCAUUGAGGAUUGCAAGAAGCUAGGCUAGGGUAAGUGUCUAUUUUAUUUUGUGUUCUUUAAGAAUUCCAGAAGUCAUGUUUAAUGGUUUAAUUAUUAUCAAGUUACAUGUAUCUACUUUCUCACUGAUGCUUUCUUCAGAGGUUAGAAGUUGUUUUAGUCAUACAUUAUCUACUACUAGUUCUCUUAGAAAUGUAUAGAAUUGCUUUUCCUAUCAUUUAUUAUUAUUUGUUAUUUUCUGAUUGAUAGUUUUGCUGAGAAAUAAGUAUCUUUAGUUCCCUUUUUGUUUGACUUAGUUUAGUGGCCAAACUUUCCCAUGCUUUGCAGUGGAUUGCCACCUGUUAAACAUCACCACUGUGGAAUGUUGCUUGCCUCUCUGGCCAGAGUAGAAAUCCCCUUAGGCCUUAUGCUGAGUGUAAUGCUAGUGGUUAGGAAGUGAACAUAUCGAUAGUCCCUAUUGCUACACAGCAUUGUUUUAUCGAUAGUGCCUCCAGUGUACUGUGGUUAUGUUGGGUCUGCUCAAGCAAUUGAUAUGUGAUCACUGCAACAUUGCCUGGCACUAGAUGGACCACUGUUUAUAAACUGCCCCUGAUAAGAGUGUACAGGUUUUCCUAUGUUUUGUCAGAGUAAAGCUAAUUAUGUAUUCGCUCUGUUCUGGAAAAGUACAUGUACUAGCAAGCUUUUGUUUUUCUUUAUUCAAGUACCAGACUGUUUAGCCUUGGAUAGACGCUUUAGUUUUAUGAUUUACUUUUUUAGUAUUUACUCCUCUUAUUUCUUAGGUUUGAUACAAAACAUUUAGAGUUUAUUAUUCUUAGUUUGUUUUGAUUAAGAUUUCACUCACUUACUAAUAUUCUUUGACUCAGUACAAAACCAUUUUAUGCAGUUUAGCUGAGGUUGUGUUGUAUACUUUUAAGAGUUUAAGUCUAAAGCAAUCACUUGCCUUGUUCAUUCUUUGGACCAACAUAACUUAACUUUCUGUUGACAGUUAACAGCAUAUUCUUCCUAGUUAGAGUUUAACUUUCUUUCUUUAUAUUAUUAUGCAUUUUCUUAUUUGUGAAUUCUUUGUUCUUUCUCACGAAGCAAUGUAUUUACAAAGAAUUGUAUUUUAUAUCUUUUCAGGGUUUUUACAUGCAGACACCAUAUUAAAGAACACACACCAGUCAGAGUAUGCUUGUCUCCAUUGCAUGAUUUCUGACGGUCACAUUUGGCGUCGUAGACAGGAUAUGUGUGUUGACAACUGCAGCCCCUAGCCUAGGAGGAGGUUUUUUUUCUCGCCUAGUCCUACCACUGACCUACAAUGGAGGGGACCGACGCUCUGGAGAAGCUGCAAGCAGAGCUCGAGGCCGUAAAGAAGGCGCUACAAAAGCAGCAAGAAGAGAAAUCUAACGUUGCAAGUAGCAGCUCCUCUGGUUGGGUAGCAGCUCCAACGCAACAAAAGCAGAUUUAUGUUGCGUCGGGACGAAGGUUGGAACGCUUCAGAGGAAUUCCAGAGAAGUCCAGUGACCCUACCAUUGAAGAGUGGGUGAGCGACGUGAGGUGUCAGUUAGCAGCAAGACAGCUGAAAGAGGACGAGAGUGGAGCUUUCAUCCUCGAUCAUCUUGCUGGAAAGGCACGCCAGGAGAUUCUUGGAAGGGGUGAUGCAGUCACCCACCCAGAGGAAAUCUUCCAAAUCCUGCUUAAGGUUUUUGGCGAUGGUGAUACCCUUCCCCAACUUCAGCAGAGGUUUUUCUCGUACAAACAGGCAUCCAACGAGGACCUCCUGACAUGCUCCCUGGAGCUAGUCAAGCUUUUCACCAGAAUGUCAAAGCUUGACCCUUCAAUCGAGGCAACGAAGGGAAGGACCCUGAAGGGACGGCUGGCAGAGGCAGUUCGUGAUGAAGGUCUACAGCGAGAACUGCGUCGGCUUAAUAUUGAGGCACCUACCCUGUCGUUCUUUGAUGUCAGAGACCGCGCCAUUGAGUGGCUGGGUUGCAGACAAGGCAAUCGCCACAAGGAAGCGACGGUGCAAGAGGUCAAGGCAGCGGAUGACGCUGGAGGUCUGCAGUCCCUCCUCAGGAAGCAGAGCGAACAACUGCAGAAACAGCAACAACAGAUAGAUGCCCUCAUUAAGGCAUUCAGUGAGACUCCAAAGAGCUGGAGAAACCAAGGCCCCCGAAGGUGCUUCAACUGCCGUUCAACAGGGCACCUUAGGCGCCAAUGCCCCUAUCCACCACAGUCCCCGGUGGGUGGCUCUUCUUCAGCCAGGCAACAGUUUGUUCCUGAGCAGUCUGCCAAUCAGCAGAGCAUGUACAACCCCCGUGCACAGCAAUUUGUUUCUGAGCAGUUUGCCAAUCAGCAGAGCGUGUACAAACCCCCUGCACAGCAAUUUGUCACCGAGCAGUCCGCCAAUCAGCAACUUGGACCCCAGCAGCCAAACCCCCAGAUGCCGACCCCCAGACAGCCAUUAAACUAGCAAGGCCUGCCAUUAUGAGCCAAACGACAGGCCAUCAGAUUUCAUCAAGAGAGAGUGGCUCAAUUA